AUGCUAUUUGCAAUUUUUAUAAUUGGAUUAAUAAAUGCUACUUGUAUAGAAAGAACAAAGGAACAAUGUUUGAGACUUAAUUUGAAUGUUUAAGAGCAAUGUCAAAUCUCGUAAGGUCAAUGUUUGCCAAGAUCAGAAUUAUGUUUAGAAAUAGAUGCUUCGUAUCCUUUAAAUUGUCAAACAUCCCGAUGUUAUUAUGAUAAAAUUUCAAAGAGGUGUAUGGUAUCUUUUUAGUUAUCAUUACAGACCUACUAAUAAUCUCGAAUUCUAAAUGAAAUAGGAGAGAGAGGAGGAAAUGGAGGAAAAGGGGGAAAUGGAGGAAAAGGAGGAAAUGGAGGAAAAGGAGGAGAUGGUGGUCGAAAUGGUUAAGAACAUAACCAUGGUUCAAAUCACAACGAUGAUGAUGACAAAAAUUCUCAUCAUCAAUAAUAAAAUCAACCUUCAGUAUUACUAUCAAUUUUAAUACAUAGACAUAAUAAUAACCUUAAUAGCCAUAUCAACCAUAAUAUCCAUAUUAACCUUAAUAUCCAUAGUAGCCAUAAUAACCUUAAUAACCAUAGUAGCCUUAAUAACCUUAGUAGCCAUAAUAACCUUAAUAACCAUAAUAACCUUAAUAACCAUAAUAGCCACAAUAGCCACAAUAGCCUUAAUAACCAUCAUAGCCUUAAUAACCGUAAUAACCUUAAUAGCCAUAAAAACCUUAAUAGCCAUCAGAACCAGAAGUACCAUAGGAACCUUAAUUUGUUGAUUCUUCGGAGGAGUGGAAGUAAAUUUAUAUUUUGAUUUAGUGAAAAUAAUAAUUAGGAGAGUUCUACUUAAAAUUCAAAUAAUCCUUAAUAAAAUGACAAUACUUCAAAAGGUAAUUGUAUUAUUAAUUAAGUUAGAUCCUUAAAAUGUACCAAAUGAGAAUGAUACAAAUUCAGAAAGUAAGUAUUUUAAUGAAAUUGAUUCUAGGCGCUAGUUUGAAUAAUGUAACGAUCGAAAAGUUUAUUGAGGAGGAUAUUAGAAAUAAGAUUGAAUCCUCUGAGGUUGAGAAGCAAAUAGAGAUAAGGAAUUCAGGAGCAGAUUUAAUUUUAUCAUUUGCUUUAAUGAUAAUUUGGAUAUGA